GGUGCACUCUGAGGAUUUACCAGUCCUUCACAAGGGGCCAGCUGGGUUUAUUCUGAAGCAUGCAGGAGAACAACAUCGACCAGCCGCCGUCGCUGUCUCAGCUCCUGAGGGAGAGCUACCUGGCGGAGGCCCGGGCCCAGCAGCGCCACAGCGAGAUGAGCCGCUCGGACGCUUCGUCCUCACGCCUCCAGAUCUACGGCUCGCUCAAAGGCAAGGCGGAGGACUCCGUGGCCCACAAUGAUCCCCAGUUCCCAGACCUCUCAGCUUUCCUCAGCCAAGAGGAGCUGGAUAAGAGCGUGAACCUGGCCCGCCAGGCCAUCGGACACGAGCCUCGAGAGGAGAGGUCAGAGGUCAAAGCCUCUGUCGCGCCGUCAUCCAACCUCUCCUCCGUCUCCUCCUCCGAGCCCCCGUCUGUCCCCUUCGCUAACCCCUCUCCUGCUCCCUCCACGGCGCCCUUCGCCCUGCCAGCAUCACACACAACACUCACAUCAGACAGAAAGAUGCACAAAGCGUCCGCACGGCAAGACAACAUGACCAGGAACACAAGGGACGCCGGUGAGGGCUUCGAAAACUUUGACAGGACGGCGAGGAACGCCCCGUACGGCAUGGAGACCCAGUCCAAGAAGGAGUUCCUCAACAAGGCGGCGGACUUCAUCGAGGAGCUCUCCUCUCUCUUCAAGGCCAACAGCUCCAAGCGGGUACGGCCGAGAUCGUGCAAACCCCACAGGAGUAGGAACCAGAACAAGACCCAGAACACAGACGGGACGGUUUACGUCCUCGGCCCGGACAGCAGGGAGCGCUCCAGCAUGGCCGUAGAGGGGGAGCAGGAGAGACCGAGCCCCGCUGUGAGCCACCAACCAGAGGAGCAGCUGGACUCUGGGAUUGGGCAUGUGGAGUUUCAGGACAGCAGGAUUACUGAGGAGCAGCAGUACCAGCCUGUUUCCCAGGAGGUGGAGGAGGAGGAGGAGGAGCAGGCUGAGAGCUGUGCCCUGACAGAGAGUCCAUAUCCAGCGGAGCCGGCGUGUGAGCCUCCUUGUUUCAUCCAGAAACUGAAAAGCAGGGAGGUUCCAGAGGGCAGCAAGGUCCAGCUGGACUGCAUCGUAAGAGGACUCCCCGUGCCUGAAGUCCGGUGGUUCUGUGAGGGCAAGGAGCUGGAGAACAGUCCAGACAUUCAGAUCAUCACCGACGGAGAGCUGCACUCUCUGAUCAUCGCCGAGGCCUUCGAGGAAGAUACCGGACGCUACUCUUGCUUCGCAUCUAAUUUCUAUGGCACUGAUUCAACGUCGGCUGAGAUCUAUGUCGAAGGAGCCUCCUCUUCGGAUUCUGAGGCGGAGCAGCACAUUGAACACGUAGCCCAGCUGAAGAGGGAAACUUCCCCUCCAUCAACUCAUCCUGCAGCAGAGGAAGAGCCUCCUCUGUCCCAACCGGCUGCUGAGGAGCCAGCAGAGCCGCUCUCCUCUCCACCAACCAAUCAAAUCAUCCCAGAAGCUCCUCUACCAGUCCGGACAUCAGCCACUAUACUUCCAGUCCCGGAGCAGCCUAAGACACCUGCAACAGCCACAGCUCCCCCUGCUCAGGAGGAGGCCACAGCAUCACCUGUGCAGGUGUUUCCUACUCUGCCACCGGUCGAUUCAGAACUCUCAGAAGGUUUUCAGGAGGCGUCAACAUCUGUCACAUCCACGCCGGCGCCACUGCAGACAGCUGCUCCUCUGCCGUUAAACUCAGUGGUCACGUCUGUGCUGCCGGUCCUGUCAACUCCAACAGAAACACCCCAACCUGAGAGUCAAACCUCCAUCCACAGUUAUCCACAAGGGCUAAACAGCCAGCCUAUCAUGGCGUCCCCUGUAUUCACAAAGACCCUGCAGGACCUCCAUGCAUCAGAAGGCCAGCUGGUGGUGCUAGAGUGCCGUGUGAAAGGGGUCCCGUUGCCUCGAGUGGACUGGUACAGAGAGGGGGAACUCAUAGAGGACUGUCCUGAGUUCAGGAUCCUGCAGAAAAAGGAAAUAUGCACUCUGGUCAUUGCUGAGGUCUAUCCUGAAGAUUCGGGGAUGUUUACUUGUACAGCAAGCAACAAAUAUGGAACGGUGUCCAGCGCUGCUCCACUAAGGGUCAAAGCCAAUGGCAGCAACAGCAACCACGUGAGGCCUUUCAGCAGUGUGACAGUGGAGCCUCCACCAGCUCCCACUGUGAACCCCCAACCAGAGCCAACCACUGUGACCAACAGCAUCAAGCCCCACUCCAGCACCAUCCGCCUGGACCCACUCGUCUCCACCACCUUACGCCUGGACCCCUUGAACACCAGCACCCUCCGCCUGGACCCCCACAGCUCCAGCAUGUUGCGCCCGGGCCCCCUCCGCACCAGUCUACCCAGUCUGGAGCCCUCCAGCCUGAACCUCAACUCCCGUAGCAGCAGCACCCCGAACUUGGAUCCCCUCUACCUCCACCAGAACCCUCCUGGAUCAGGCGGAGGAGCGCGACCAGAACCACAGAUCGGUGGCGGGCUGGUCCUCUCGUACCCCAAACCCUUCACUUCUCAGUUUGCGGUGGAGACGUCAGCUGAGCGGGAAGCGGCGGCGCCUUCGGUGACCAAAGUCAAGGAGACUCCGAACCAUCAGAACGGGAGCCUGGUUGUGGUGCCGCUCCCUGACCCUCCUCCCAAUUCCUGCCUAAAGACAAAGACCGGCACCACCACCAACCACAAAGUGUCUCGCUCUGGCUCCAGGGUCGGCCUGCGUGUUCACUUUAAACUACCUGAGGAUGAGGAGGAGGAACAGAGUGAUGGAUCCAGCCAGCUCGAUGAUGACAGCGCCAUGUCAGGCAGCAGAGGACCACCACCAGUACUGGCUAAACCCAAACUGGACCCCGCCCAGCUCCAGCUCCUGCACAACCAGGUCCUCAUGGAGCAGCAGCAGGAGACCGAACCUCCGACCCAAACCAAGCCUCCGCCUCAGCCCAAAGUCCAGAUCCAGAUCCAGCCGGAGGCCCAGAGCUCCAACGAAGGUUCUCUGUGGUCCCCCAGAAUGCAACGUGAACCCCAUCCGCCCCCCUUCCAGCCGUACCUCCCCACCACCACCACCACGGCGCCUCCGCAGCAGACGCCCCGCUCUGCGCCUCCACUCACCACCGCUCCUCCUGCUCCCUCUCUCAGCUCUGCUCCAGCACUCAGCACCACCUUUUCACCUCCUGUCAGCACUUUGAGCUCCCCUCCUUCACUUCCUCAGCCAAAGAUUUCCUCCCUGCUGACCUCCCCUCCACCUGCCCCACAGCUGAAAACACCUCCUCCCCCGUUCAGUUCAGCUCCAGCCCCCCACAUGAACACCAUCCACGCCUCCCACCUCAACCUGUCCCCCGCAGCUCUCGCCAAAACUGCACCGACACCCCAGUUUUUCUCUCCUCCUCCUCCUGCUCCGAGGCUCAGCUCAGCCCCGACGGACCCGACCCCGGCCUUCCAGCAGAUCACGUCUCCCACCCCGCUGCUGAGGAGCACCCACGCCUCCCUCAUGAACCUCACCCCCACCUCCAGCACCUUCAACUACGCCCGGCCCAAAGAGUUCAUAGCCGCUCAGACCUUCUCUCCGGUCAGGAGUCCGUCCCCGACAGAGUCCCCGGUCCCUCUGCUCCACGAGCUGGCGGCGGAGCUCAACUCGUCUGCAGCCAGCUCCCCGACGCUCCCGCCGUUCUCCCCGCCGCCCAGGAUCUUCCCCACCAGAGUGCUGGAGUCUCCCGCCAGCCCUUCGUCCCUCGUGUCCUCGCCCACGCCGCUGUCUGCGCCAUACCUGAACAGCGUGUUCGCCAUACGGGCCCAGUCGCCCCCCCAGGCCUCCUCGCCCACCUCCAGCGGCUCCAGCCCCUCCCCCAUCCAGAACCCCGUCGCCUUCCUCAGCUCCGUCCUGCCCUCCCUCACCCCGAGUCAGCCCACUAACUCCAUGGGCCUGCCCAGGGGAGCUCCUUUAGGGCUGAGGAAGAGCGUACACAAAGUGCGCCGUCUUUCAACUGAAGACAUCCGUGAAAGCAGAGAAACUCUCCUCCAGGACAUCGAGAAAAAGCUUCGACUUAGAGACGAUAAUCUACAAUUUGCACAUCAACAGAAGCUGAGUUUUGAGGGGAAAACAGCGAGCAGACCCCUUGGACCAAACAUUCCUGCUACUGUCAUUAACUAUGAUGAGGAGUACAAAGUGUCCAAUUUUGAGCAGAGACUAAUGAGCGAGAUCGAGUUCCGUUUGGAGCGGACGCCGGUGGAGGAGUCUGACGAUGAGGUGCAGCACGAUGACGUUCCUAAGGGAAAGUGCAUCGCGCCCAUAUUUGACAAGAAGCUGAAGAACUACAGAGCCAUGGAGGGCGUGCCCGUCACUUUCUCAUGUAAAGUAGUGGGAAUCCCUUUUCCAAAGGUUUACUGGUUCAAGGACGGCAAGCAGAUCUUGAGGAAAAACAUCCACUAUAAGAAGAUCAGAGAGGGGGACGGGACCUGUGCUCUACAUAUAGAGUCUACCACCAAUGACGACGAUGGCAACUACACCAUCAUGGCAGCUAAUCCUCAGGGACGAAUCAGCUGCUCAGGUCAUUUGAUAGUCCAAACAGGACCUCCCCGAAACCGAAUGACACCUAUUCACUCCCAGAGGGUACGAGCUCGCAUACAGGAAGUUGAAGGUGAACCAACCGAGGAGCGCUUUUUCCGGCCUCACUUCCUCCAGGCUCCGGGGGACAUGCUCGCUAACGAGGGGAAACUGUGUAGACUAGACUGUAAGGUGAGCGGCCUACCCAACCCAGAGCUGAUGUGGCUGGUCAACGGGAGGCCCAUCUAUCCAGACAUUUACCACAGGAUGUUGGUGCGUGAGAAUGGCGUCCACUCUCUGGUCAUUGAUCCUACGACGCAGAAGGACGCCGGCACGUACACGUGCAUCGCAAGCAACAAAGCGGGACAGAGCUCCUUCAGUCUAGAGCUGAAAGUUGUGGAGAAAGAGAUGAAGCACCCGCCCCAGUUCCUGGAGAAGCUGCAGAACAUGGGGAUUCCUGAAGGGACUCCAGUCCGACUGGAGUGUCGGGUGGUGGGUAUGCCCCCUCCAGUCAUCUUCUGGAAGAAAGACAAUGACACCAUUCCUAGAAAUAAGGACAGAAUCAGCAUGAGCCAGGAUGCAACAGGAUACGUGUGUCUCCUCAUCCAGCCGACAAGAAAAGAGGACGCUGGCUGGUACACAGUGUCAGCGAAAAACGAGGCUGGAGUCAUAUCGUGCACCAGCAGGCUUGAUAUCUAUGCACAGUGGCAUCAGAGCAUCCCGGCGCCCAUGAAAAAGGCUCCGCGCACCGGUAGCCGCUACGCCGCUCUGACGGGCCAGGGGCUCGACAUCAAGUCAGCUUUCCCCACGUCGGAGACCAACCCCAUCCUGUUCUCCAGCUCCCCUCCGGAGGCCAUGCUGGAGAGCGAGGAGCUGUGACUCUGCAGCAGGGUGACCCUCACAGUUCUCCCCUAGAGCGCUAAAAACGGAGAAUAAUGAUCGGAGCAGAUUGUCAUGUGAUUUGUGUGAAGCGUUUGAAGUGAUAGAAUGGCAAAGAAUUCUUGUGUUAAAGCUAUCAGCACUGACAGUUGGGUUUGUCACCAUUCCUAUUUACUCGAGAUAUUCUAAUUUAUUGAGAUGCACCCGUACAAUGCUGUAUAACUUAAACACACUGUGUCUGCUCAGUCAUAAUAAUAAUAAUAAUAAUAAUAA